GCGAGGCCACCACGUUGAUCGAGGCCGUGAAGGCGAACGACUUGGGUCUCGUGGCCGAGCUCCUGGCGGGCGGUGCCGACGUCAUGCAGGUGGACAGCAUCAAACGCACUCCCCUGCACUGGGCGGGGCGAAUGGGCUACACAGAUAUCCUCAAACUCUUGUUAACGUAUAACCCGGACAUGGACGCAUUGGACAGAGACAGCUCCACGGCGCUGGGUCUGGCCAGGUGGCAGAAGCACGCGGAGGCCGAGGCUGUGCUAAUGGCGAACAAGGAGCGCAACACCUUUGCUGGAGGUUGCCAGUACGACAAAGAACUUCACCUGAGUGGGGACGCCUGGGCCACCGCCUGCCAUAACCAUGUGUGUCAGGAUAAAGUGGUUGUCUCCACUGUCAUUGAUACUUGUAAGUGAACCUCGACAGAGAGAGAGAGAGAGAGACAGAUAAAUAGAUAGACAGAGAGAGAGAGAGUAAGA